AUCAUUGAAUUAUUAAUUCGCAAUUAUCACCAGCUUCAAUAUGAUAUUGGUCAUUAAUUAUGCUUAUCGUAAUUGGCUUUGGCGAGGGGCAGUAGCCAUCAAAAGACAUCCUACUCCACCGACCAACCAUCUCACGCCACGUCACUCCUCCUCCCUCUCUCGUCUUGUUUUAGCGGCGGCCGAGCGAACGAAUUCCUAUCUCAAUUCAUUUCUUCUUGGUUCUCCUCCCCCAAAAAUCCCUUCCUCUGCCUUCUUACUCUGCCAAAAUCCCUCGAUGCCGAGAGGCCUCUCUUUCAGCCUGUCCGACGGGGAGGAUUGCGGCGGCUGCUUCUCCCCCUCCUCCGCCGACAGCGGCGGCGGUUGGGGAAGCUGGGGGUCGAGGCUGAUCAGGAGAAGCCCGAAGAAAUCCUCACCGCCGUCUAUGCGGACGCUGGAUCUCGGCCGGAGACCCGGCGGCGGGUCGUCGAGUGAAAUCGUGGGGGAUGUGUUCUACGGGACGGAUGACGCGGAAGGGAUAGAGGAUUACAAGUACAAAGAAGACCUGCUGGAGCAUUACAGGAGGGAGAGCGAGAGGAAAUCGGUGAGGAGGAGGAGGAGGGAGAGGGAGAUGAGGCGGAGCUGGUUCGGCGCCAUUGUUGACUGCUUCUCGUUCCUCAAGUUCUUCUGCUGCUUGCGGUGAUGAAAGAUGCCCGAUCGAGAGGGGUUGAGAGAAAGCUUUGGUUGAAGAAAGGGAAUUGAUUGAUUGUUGAAAAUUCAGAAUCAAAAUAUCCCUUUUUUUUCUCACAAAAAAGAAUGUUGUUUGGUUGUUGUUUGUUUGUGUAUAUAUCGUCGCUAAUAAUGGGAUGGGAUGGUGGGGAUGGUUUUCACAAGUGUUGAAUUGAUAGGAGCCGUUAGUUUCUCUGUAAUUUUGGUUCUCAUAAUACAAGUUGUCACUAUUACAUACUUGUUCGAGCGCGAUUACUUUUUAAUAACACGAUUUAGGUUAGAGAAACUGUUGUAUAUGAGGCCUGAAAUGAUUGAUUUAAUAAGUCGAACUGAAUUUACAAGA